CACAUCAUUAUAAAAAUCUUUGGGUGUAAAAGGAUAAGAUCCAAAACUGAGAACACAAUCCAACCUCAUGUUUUGAGGCGCCUGAUUUCACGAAAAUUGCUACUUCGUAUACUUUUGGUUUGGUCACGUCAGUUACCUCGAAUCUGUGCCUAAACAUAAUUUCUCCUCAUUUUCAGUUGAGUAGAAGUCAUUAGCAAAACUAUUUGGAAAAUGGAUUGCAGGAUAAACACCUUACACCCUCCAAGUCUUUACAAAUUUUCCGCAAGAAAACCAUCAUUUACUAGUAAAAUUAUUGCUUUUUCUUCUUCUACUCCACCAAACCAAGUAGUAUCGAUUUCCACCACCACAUCCACAUUCCCGAAAACUGAUAAUUAUACUGUGAACUUCAAAACUUUGGAAGCUUGCAAGCUUGGCAUCUCAAGAUAUCCCGACUUUGAAUACAAUGCUGAAGGUGGAACAGGAACUGGGUUUGCUACCAAAAUCAAGAAAACUGACUUGAACGAUGAGAUUUCUGUUUCUUUUGACCUGAAAACUCUGUAUAUUCCACCAUUGACAAGUGGAACCACCAAGUUUUUAGGAUUGCCAAUGCCACCAGGCUUGAAGAUUGAUAUCGUCCCUGAACUCUUCCAAGGGACCAUCAACAGAGAUUCUGGAAAGGUUGAUCUUGAAUUCAUGGCCAAGUUCUGGUUUUCUGUCGGGAGCAUCUAUAAAGCUCCUUCUCUUCUUGUAAAGACAGUCUUGACUUCAGAAGAGUCGAAUGGAGUGAUUCGAAGUGCACGAGGUGAAAGGUUGGACAGAGAAGGAAAAUGCAGAUUGGUUGGUGUGGCAACUGUGGAACCAAUUGACGAUUUCUUCAUGAACACCUUCCUUGGCCUUCCUACUGAAUGCCUCGCCAAUCUCAAUGCUUUCAUUUCGUUUCCUGAAUCUUAUUGAGCAUGUAAAGAAUACCAGACUCAGUACUUCAGAAUAAUGUAGCAAUUAAUACAGAUAAUAAAAAAUAAACACUUUUGAGUCACAGUAUA